CGCCGAUGUCGCUCCGUCGCUUAUUCCCGCUCUGAAGACCCUUAACUUUCUUGACUAGACUAAAUUUCACUAAAAUAUAUCCUUUUAAAACGACAUUCAAAAAGACACAUCGGCGAGGCAAGGACUUUCGCGAUCUUCGCGCAUAUAUCACGCGACUCGACUUUAAAAUAUAUAUUUGAUUUAAAAUGUGACUUUAUGGACAGCGUAUUACAUCUUGUAUUAUAAAUACAAAAGUGCUACACUCAUCGUGUUCUCUCUUAAACCCUGUUUGAGUUGAAUACGUUUGACUUCUAGUUCGGAACCUGACCACACACGCGAUGGUUAUGUUAGUUCAGCUGUGGCCCGGUUACAAUAAGCUAUAACGGAUUGCACAAGUGCUUCCCUACAAGUUUUCCAGUGUUGAGUCACGUCCCAAAUGUACUAGGACUAUGUGGUUUUGGAGUAUCUGUGUCUUAUGAUCUAGUGCCAAUAGUGUUCUGGCUGGAUGGAGUCUGGCAAGAUGGAGCGCUGGCUAGUGCUUGUUGUGGGUCUGCUCAUGCAAUACUUCGGCGAGGGCCGUGGGCAGUGCCGCAACGGGCAGGAGCUGAGCUUCGCGCGCUGGUCGGGCGCGAGCCCGGACCAGGCUGCACCGGUCUUCGUGUACGCGGCAAGCGGAGAAGAAGAGUCGCUGGCAGGAGCGUGCCUGGCGCGCUGCCGCGAGCUGCCAGUGUGUGCUGGCGUUGUGGUCGCCUAUUCACGGGGGCACUGUCACGGCGUCGCUGCGGAAACAGAAGAAGUACUCCGACCGGACAACGAUGUGGCUUACUUCAAGAAGAUCUGUGCGAUAUUGCCCGAAGGAUGCGUGGAGCGGUGGUGGGCCGUGGAGGCCACGCCGGGGUACCACCUGCAUUCCGAGAGCAAUGUAAAGGUGGUCCUGAACACCACGGCGCGGGAGUGCUACGCGCUCGUCCUGGGCACAAAGGGGGAGCAGCUCUACAGGUCGGCGCAGUGGGUAAGCGCCGAAGGCGCCCUGGACGCCGACGCCGUCAAAGCCUCCGACUCUGCGCUGGGCAACUGCAUCCUCAACGCCGAAGACAAGUUCACGGAGCCGGAGUCCUACAGGGUUGCCAAUUACUACACGUUCUACGUAGAGAACCAGUGCAGGUACGACUAUCCAAAGAAGAUAGACAGAUGUUCCUACGAAGAAUAUUACAACCAAACGCUGAAACACGUUGAGUUAACUUAUAAAAACUUCACCAAAGAUGAGUGCAAGAGCGCCUGCGAGUCUGAAACGCGCUUCGUAUGCCGCGGGUUCACGUGGCUGCCUCGUGAGGGCGAGGCCGGCGGGCGUGGCAAGGCCGGCGGCCCCGGUGCUCGCGGCCUCUGCGACCUGCACUCCGAGGACCUGGUGUCCACCGGCUCGUGGCUGAUUCGCCGCGCCGCUCAGGCUGUGUACUACCGCCGUGUUAUCUGCCUCAAUAUAAGCGUGGACUGCUCGGACGACUCGCUGAUAGUGACGUACCGCCCACGCGGGCAGUUCCGCGGCCGGAUCUACGUACCGGGCCGCGGCGAGCCCUGCGGCGCGCGCGGCGUUGGCGGCGCCGUCCGGCUCAAGUUACCACUGUAUGGCGAUUGCGAUGUCAACUUCGCGCAUGCCAUUUCGCAUACGCCUAGUGGAGUCCUUAAUAGGACGAUGGCUUACGUAAUGGUUAUGAUCCAAAACAAUCCGAUUAUCCAAACGGCGGGUGACCGCUGGGUGCGAGUGGGCUGCUCGCCGGGCGAGCGCGCCGCCUCCGUGCCAAAACAUGUCAACGCCGCCGUCGCCGUGAAGGAUACCGGGCGUCCAUCCGAGCCGAGUAGUGGUGCACCGUUGCCGGCGUCGGCGAGCACUGUGUACAGCGGCGGCGCACCCGUCUCCAUGUACGUCGUCCGCGCUGCACAGGAUGCGCCGCCCGCCGCCGCCGUCUCGCUGGGCGAGCCUUUAGAAUUGCGCAUUGAGUCCACAGAGGAAGCCGAGAUCGAAGCUUACCACUUGGUGGCCUCGUCGCGACUCGGGGACAGUUCCGUCCUGUUGCUUGACAGCAGAGGGUGUCCCACCGGACAGGUGGACUUCCCCGCGUUCACACGCAGCGUGUCGGGAGGCACGCAGCGUCUGUCGGCGCGGUUCAAGGCGUUCCGCUUCCCCACAUCACACGUCGUUCGAUUCGCUCUGAUGGUGCGGUUCUGCGAUAAAACUUGCGACCCGGUGAAUUGCAUCCAGCCAUCGGCCCGCCAAGCGCGUAUGACCAACGACACGUACUCUUGGGAAGACGGCGACGGCGGCGGCGUGCCGGGCUCGGUGGCUCCGGCGCGGCGCGCGGGCGCGGGCGGCGUGGUGGCGCGCGGCGGCGCGGCGCCGUGCCCGCCCGCCGGCGCCGGGCGCAUGCCGCUCGAGCUGGAGAUGGUGGUCGGCUCCGGGGAUGUGGUGUCCGCUGACACUAUGGUCCGGGCUGACCAUCGGUCUAAUAUACCGGAGGAGUCGCGCGAGUUGGAUGACAGGCUAGUGUGCGUGCAUGAGCUGCUGCUGGUGGCGCUGGUGCUGGCCUGGCUGGCCGUGCAGGUGUUGCUGCUGCUGGGGUGCUGCGUCCUCGUCAAGCGGUACCGCAAGCUGGCCGAGAUGAACAUGCAGAAGGAUUACCAGGCCUUCGACAACGUCGGCUUCGAUUCCAUGUCGACACACCGCCGGGUUCACUGGCCCGACCAGAACAUUGAUGUGCUGCAAUAAUGGCGACCAAUCUGUACUUACCUAGAUUGUAUAGGGCUUCACUUA